CGACGACUCACUCACAACCAAUUAGCUCAAGAUCGAGCUAUAGAGAGAAAAGCUAAGAUCGAAACAUAUACCAAUGGGCAACAGCCUUAGGUGCUGCCUGGCCUGCGUCCUCCCCUGCGGCGCGCUGGACCUGAUCAGGAUCGUCCACCUCAACGGCCGCAUCGAGGAGUACGGCCGGCCGGUGGCCGCCGGCGAGAUCCUGGCCGCCAACCCGAACCACGUCCUCAGCAAGCCGUGCUCCCAGGGCGUCGCCGUGCGGAGGAUCCUCAUCGUGUCGCCGGACUCCGAGCUAGAGCGCGGCGAGAUAUACUUCCUCAUCCCGGCCUCGUCGGUGCCGCCGGAGAAGAAGCCGCAGCCGCAGCGACAGCAGAAGAGCGUCGUCCUGGCCGGCUCGCACGGCAACCAGGUGGUGGUCAACAAGAAGAUAUCGUCGUCGCACCGGAGACGACGCACCGCCGGCUGCAGAACCACCGUAUGGAAGCCACACCUCGAGUGCAUUGUUGAGGGGGACACUUAGGCAGAGGUGGACGAUGAUCCAUUCUUUUGCUCUCUCUUUUUUUUUGGUUUUUGUGGAUCAAGCGGGGGGCUAAUGGCUAAUGCAAUGUAACACCACUAGCAGCAUGGUGUUUUGCCCACUUUGUGUGGUUAGUCAGCAUUUUUAAUCUUUUUUCUUGGGUAAUUGUAUAUCCAUGUAAUGUUUUCCCCCUUCCUACAUAUGAUGGGAAUGCAGAGGAAGGGUUGU